CCCAACAGUACGAUGGCAUUCGAGUAUAUCGAUAUAGAAGACCCCAUCUUCAAGGCUACAUGCCGUGAUCGUAACGAGGAAGACUAUGUGCUAGUGCGAUCCAACGAUUACGCUAACGUACCGAUCAAUCUCGCCGACUGGAUUCCGGAACCUGUCUGCCUAUCAAGACGAUUUGAGCGUAUCGCACAAACGAUCAAGAAUAUGGAAGUUCGACCGGAUGACGUUUGGAUUGUAACGUAUCCAAAAAGUGGAACCACCUGGACACAGGAGUUGAUCUGGCUGGUAUGCAACGGACUAGACUAUCAGACAGCAAAAGAUGUUUCAAUCGAUGCCCGAUUUCCCUUCAUUGACUUAUCCGGACUACGCGAUCUUCCAGAACCGGUUAAUCCACUGCGUGAUGCACUCGAGAUGCCUUCACCGCGCUUCAUCAAAUCACACCUACCGCCAGCUUUCCUACCGAAUGAACUCUGGACCGUCCAACCCAAACUAGUAUACGUACGCCGCAAUCCGAAAUCGGUCGCCGUCUCGUACUAUCAUCACUCCGUAUCCCUGCACUGUUACAAUGGCACCCUGGAACAGUUUGUCCGUUCGAUGAUUAACGAUCUAGUGUACUAUUCACCCUACCAUAAGCAUCUGAUCGAGUACAGUGAGUUGCGCUAUCCAAACAUGCUUUCACUGUGCUUCGAAGGCAUGAAACAGAACCUCGCUGGUGCAAUACGAGAAGUUUGUACGUUUUUCAACAAAUCUUAUACCGAUGAACAGAUUGAGCAGCUUGCCAACCAUCUGGAUUUUAAGCAAAUGCGACAAAAUGCAUCUGUCAAUCGGCGGCAGUGGAUUGAGUACAAUCUACAACAGACGAAAAGAACUGAUAAGCUUAACGAUAACGACAUGCAGUUCAUCCGACGGGGUGAAGCGGACGGAUGGAGGAAGGAACUUUCGCACGAACUAAUUGAGGCCGUAGAUCGCUGGACGUUGGAGACGGUUCCGAAGGAUAGCAAAUAUGCACCACUGUUUUAUUAA